AUGGGCAAUACACCAACUCAUCAUAAAAGACGCUUUUCAGGAGAUGCUGAAGGCAGGCAGACAAUUAAUACACCACCAAAUGUCAACGUUAACAUUCCUCCAUCAAAGCGGAGAAAUAUGCAUAGUUUAACGAACUUAUCUCAGUCUGCUCCUGCUGAUUGUCUUGAUGAAAUGAUGUCAUCAACAACUGAUGAUAUGAAAGUGUAUGAUAAAAGCACAAUUUCAGUCGACGAAGCUACUUCAAUGUUACGUGCAGCAAGUCUUCGUGAACCCAUAAAUCUAGAUGAUAACAAUGAUAACAGCAAAUUUCGUCAUUUAUUACAACCUGAAAGAAUGUCGACAUCAAAAACUGUAGAUGAUAUUGAUGAAGAGGAUAAUUCUCUCGUUUACCAUUUUGAACGAUCCUCGGGUGCUGGUUUGUCGUGUUCUGCAGAUGAACGGAUUAUGUAUGGUGUUAAUCAUCCACAAACUGUUGAAACUAGAAGUUCAAUAGAUCGAGCAAAAACGUUACCGCCACAAAAGUUGUCGGACUUAAAACUUCCUACUGUUUUUCGUUGGAAUGGUGGCGGUAAAGAGAUAUAUAUUAGUGGAACCUUUAACAAGUGGAAGAAAAGAAUUCCUAUGGUCAGAAGAAACUCAGGAGCUUACGUAAUUAUUGACUGUCAGCCUGGCACUCAUGAAUACAAAUAUUUUAUUGAUGGAGCGUGGUAUCAUGAUCCAACUAAGCCAACUGUAGAUAAUGAAUAUGGUACGAAAAAUAAUGUUGUAUGCGUAAACCAAUCAGAUUUCGAUGUAUUGCAUGCACUGGAACGAGAUCAAGCGUCUAGUCGAAAACAUUCAGACAGUUCUGAUUCUAUUGAAGUGGAUCGUCUUGGUCAUUCACCACCAGGAGAAUACGGUCGUUUUAUGCCUGCCAAUUUGACUGAAUUACAACAGCGAUCAAAGUUUAAAGAUGAUCAUCAUCAACCAGUUGCUCCAGGUCUUGGUACAGUAACUCAACCACCCUUGCUCCCACCACAUUUGUUACAGGGAAUACUGAAUGUGGAUACCAACGCUCAUUGCGAUCCCAGUCUCCUUCCUCAACCAAAUCACGUAAUCGUCAACCAUCUUUACGCUCUUUCAAUAAAGGAUGGUGUUGUCGUCCUUAGUGUUAUAACUCGCUUCCGACAGAAGUUUGUAUCUACUCUAUUUUACAAACCAAUCGAGAAAUGA